AUGAGCGGCGCCAGCCGCCGCGCCAGCCUCCUCCUCGCGUCCCUCCCGCUCUCCGCUGGUCUCUGGGCGCAGCGGCCCGUGAGGCCUCGCGGCGAGCCUCGCGGCCGCACACCGCGUGCGGAGCACGCGGCAGAGGCGGAGGACGUCGUUCGCUGCGUGCGCGGGAGCGUCGACGUCGAAGGCGUGAGCAUCCCAGUCGCGGUGUGGUGCCAGGAUUCGAGGCGGCCGACCGGCGGUGGCGGCGCGUGGGUGCCGACGGAGGAGUACGGCUACACGGUUGACAUUGGCCGGAUCGCCUCCAAGCUCCGCGUCGGUUGGCUAUCUUGGCUGCCGUCGAGGACCUACUCGCUCGCUCCGGCGGGAGUGCCUCCCUGGCGCGGCGCGGCUUGCGCGUCCCAGGCGCGCGCCGGCGACGCGCUCCUCUUCGCGCACGGCUUUCUCGGCUCGCCGUUCGACAUGGCGCACGCUUGCGAGGCGCUGGCGAGCGACGGGUUUGUCGUCGCGGCGCCGGAGCUGCCCGAGUCGCUCGCCGCGUCGUACGAGGCGCGGGAGGGCGUGACGCGCGAGGCCAUCGUCGCCGCGACGCAGGCGGCUCUAGGCGACGAGCCGCGGCGCUGGGGCAUUUGGGGCCACUCGGCGGGGAGCGGCACGGCGCUCUCCCAGCCGGGCGAGUUCGCACUCGGCCGCGCGUGUCUCGCGUGCCCUCUCGGCCGCGCGCUCGAGGCGCGCGUCAACGAUCCGCUCUUCCUCUGCGCGUCGGAGGGCGACGGCUGCAACCGCUUCUCGGAGACGUCGCCCGCGGACUCGCUCACCCUGGCGGCCGUGAACAAGGCGCCGCCCUUCUCGACCUUUGAGAGCGCCGACCUGGCCUACGCUGGCCCGAGCCUGCCCCGCCGCGGCGUCCUCCUCUUUCGCGAGGGCGACGCCCUGCUGCCCAACCACAUCAGCUUCCUCUGGACGCGCACCAACGAGGCGCUCUUCGACCUGCUCUCCGCCUUCCUGCCGCUCGCAAAGGCGCUCAACCUCUUCCUGCUCGACUUUGACACGGAGAAGGAGGCGCGACUCGCCGCGCCCACCGCCGCGAAGGUCGUGCCGGCCCUGCGCCGCUUCUUUGGCAGGAAUGCGGUCGGCGGUGUGGUGGCAGUUGUCAGCCUCGGGUUCUACACCCUGAUGUCCUCGCGACGCACGCAGCGCUCGGCGCCCACCCCGCCGCCGCCGCAGUUCAGCUCCUACGGCGUCUCCGCUGCCAUGUACAACCUGGACGUGGCGUCCCAGCAGACCGCGACACUACCCUCGCUCCCGCUGCGCAUUCCUGCCGCCCUCGCCCCCGACCCGGACGGCGUCGCGCGCUCCAGCUUGAUAGCGAGGCUUCCAGCGAACAGCGCGGCGCCUCCGCCAGUGAGUGAUCCAGCGCAAUCGUCGCCCGCCGUGAUCGCGGCGCAAGAGCGCCACGCGAGCUGCACGCCCGCGCACAAUUCGCUCGGCCUCCCUCUCGAGGAGAGGCUGCCUCCUCCGCCGCUGCUCGGCGCUGAGAGGCUGGUGGCGGUGCGGCUGCGCGUCGACGGCGCCGCCCUCUCGCCGCCCCACCCGGAGGCUGUGUUUGAGGACGAGCUGCUCUGGAAUGCCGCCGGCCCCGCGCGCGCGGCGGAGGAGCUGUCGCUGCCUCCGCCUUUCGCGGCCGCCAUCGCCACUGAACUCACCGCCCAGGCGGCGCGCGCCGCCGCAAAGGCUGCCGCCGCGGAUGCCUCCCCAGUCGAGGUGAGCUGGCAGGCGCACAGGCGCGGGCUCGAGCUGAGCGACCGGCUGCUGGAGACGCAGGGCCUCCUCCGACCUGCCGCCGGCCUGUCCGAGCCGCUAGUGCCGCUUCACGCGCCCUCGGUCCGGCCGGAGAGGGAGGCGCUGCUGUGGAGCGUCGCGCUGCAGCCCGCCGGCACCAAGCGAGGCGUGAGCGAGGCGGACUUGUCUGCGGCCGACCGGCGCGACCGCUACCGAAAGCGGCAGUGA